AAAUUGUUGAGUAAAAUAUUACUAUAUUCUAAUUUAAAAGCUCCAGCAAUGAUGAAAGCCACUUCAAACACAACAAGAAAUGUCACGUCUAACCAGCAUGAUCUAUCCUUUCCGUAUUCAGUAAGCUUAUUUACAUCUUUUGUUGAGACAUUCACAACUAAGCUAUUUAUAUAACCAUAACAGCACAACCACAAAAGAAAUGAACCAUAAAAAAAUUGAACAGAUGGGACUUAGAUUAUUUGGACAGUGUUUAACUUCUUUAUACUUUAUGUUGAACCUAGCUGGCCCACAUUUUUACCAUAUAAAAUAGCGUCAAAUAAAUUUCAAGAAAAAGAGGCACAGUGUUUGGCAGUUACUAGGCUAAGGUGCCUGACAGAUGGCUAUGUAUGACCUAGAACGAUGUAAGUUGGAAUACACAAAAUAUCACAUAAAAAGUAAUACACCAUGCUAGAAAAAAAGGAGCUCAGGGUAAAAUGUGAAGGCUCAAUUUCAACUGCCCCAAGACUCUAAUCUCAAAGAAAACAGCAUAUAAUAAUAUUUCCACCAGGCUUUCUGAGUACCAUAAUUCCAUGCUCUAUCAAAUUCCACUAUUUCACUGCCUGGUUUAAUAUUUAUGAUCAGGAUGGUAAGCAAAAAAAUAAUAGUUCAUUGAAAAAAAAUGUGGGAAUUUUUUUUUCAGCAGAAUACAUCCUGCUUCUAGCUCCAACUCAAGUGGUCAAAUGAACUGGAUGAAGCUACUCAGUACAGGAAGUGACAUACUUCCGUAUUCGCAUGAAAAUAGAUUGUCUUUUUUCCAAGACUUUAGAGAAAAGGUCCUGAUUAGACAUAUACUGACAGAAACCUUAUCAAAGUAAAGGGUACAACACCACAUAUUCUGAUUUAAUGAUUUUGCUCUGCUGAUUCAUUUAUUUAUUUAGGUGGCCUUUUAAAACAUCUAAAUAAGUUAUGCAGGUGAAAUAAGCGGUGAAGGACAUAUGAGGUAAAUAAUACAGGUAAAGGAAGUGACAUUAACUGCUUUUUACCAAGCCAACAUACUGCCAGCUGUAACAGAUAUCUGACAACACUAAAUGAAAGAGAAACUUUCCUGAGGAAAUACCAAGCAUAUAUGCCAUAUAUCAAGAUGCUAGCGCUUCAGGAUGACCCUGAGGAUUUAAGAUAAAAUAUUAAAUUUUUUGUAAAAGAUUUUAUCCUCAAGCGGUAUAACAUGUCUGCUUCAGCACAAGCUUUCAAUUCACCAGAUUGCCAACAAAGAGAACACAAUAUGUCUGCUUUGUCUGGUGUUCAGUGGAGAAACAAAUGUCUCGAUGGAGACGUUGGACCGAUUCCCGAUGUUAUUUCAUACUGGGACACUCCCUCCAAGGUAAUACUGUGUAUUUCAAUGGCAAUUUUUAUUGCCCUGACGUUCACCGGGAACAUCCUGGUUCUAACAGUCAUUAUCAAAAAUAAACAUAUGCAGACUAAGACCAAUGCAUUCAUUGCUAACCUAGCUGUAGCAGACCUACUGGUAGCCAUUGUCGACAUGCCUAUGGCUCUCAUCACUGUCAUCGAGGGGGAAUGGGUGUUUGGGGACACUCUUUGUGUUCUCAAUGGAUUCACUGUAGUGUUCUUCCUCACCGUCUCCGUCCACACGCUGAUGUACAUAGCAGUAUUCAAGUAUAUCACCAUCACCCAUCCAAUGAGCAAGAUGUUGACUAAGACUCGGGUGGGGUACAUGAUAGCGGCCCCUUGGAUCUGGGGCCUGAUUGCAUCUUCCAUGGGGGCCUUCUGGCUCUCAGACUUUACAUUCAAACCUGGUGCCACCCAGUGUGGGCCAAACUACCCUACAGAGGCCCCAGAACAUGCAUAUGCAUUCAUCAUCAUCUUCAGCUGUUAUUUUGUACCCAUCAUAGUGAUGGUGGGCUCAUACAUCAGUAUAUUUAUCCAGAUCAGGGCCCAUCUGUCCAGGAUGAAAGCCAACACAACCCAGGACCAUGAUGUGAUUGUAAGUCAGGAGAAACAAAUGACAGUGACUUUACUGAUCAUGAUUAUCGUGUUCUUUGUCUGCUGGACCCCAUUCAUGGUCUACUGUAUCUUUGCCUCGGCUGUGGAAGACAAGACAACCAUUCCGCAUGAGUUGCACGCUCUGGGCUACUGGCUGGGCUACAUGAACAGUGUGUGUAAUCCCAUCAUCUACGCUCUGAGGGUGCCAAAGUUCCAAGAUGGCUACCAAAAAUUAUUCUACAUUUGCAAGGUACAGAAAAACCUUCCCAUCAAUAAUGAGAAGAGCAGAUCACAUUCUGGAUCAGAGAUUCACAUGCUGCAAGCUAUCUCUACAACAGAACUUAACUUGAAAAAAUCAAAGUCUGUUUUUGUAUGAGGAUUAAUGCUGGCAGAAACAUUACACACAGCUAAAAUGGAUAAAUUUUAAAUCAGUAUUUGCCCUGAGACACAUCAGAUCAUUGUAUAUCAAACACAUAAAAUGAUAGCAGAUGGAGAAGUUCCUCCUUUAUGUGUUUGACUUUGGUCCCUAAACCUUCUGUUUAGUCCAUCCUAUUUAUUAAAUAUUCCAUAGAGUGGUGCAAUGCCUAAAUAUUGACUUAAGCUAUUUGAAGCAUAUCAUUUUGUCCAAAAAGAAUCUCUAAAAAUAUUCAGUAUACCCAUUAAUGUACAUACAAAAUAAAAAUAAAA